GCCCGGCGUGUGGGCUGAGCUGAGCGCGGUCAUUCCCAGCCCAGGCCUUGGUGGGGCCGCCGCCAUCCCGGGCCCCACGGCCAGGGGGCGCUGCGCCCUCAGGUUCCCCCCCGCCCCGUCCGGCUGGGGUGGCGCCGCGGGCUGGGAGCAAAGGUUGGUGCCUUCACACCCGGACCUUCGCCGGCGGGCCGCGGCGUCAUGACGGUGGGUGCCAGGCUCCGCGGGCGCCGGGGCCGAGGGCGAGGGCGAGGGCGAGGGCGAGGGCGGCGGGCGGGGGACGAGGAGCCCAUCCUGGAGCAGCUGGAGCUGGACGACUCGGCGGCCGAGAGCACCGCGCGCCCGGGGGCCCAGAGGAGCGCACGGCGGGUGCACCUGGCCGUCCUCCCCGAGCGCUACGAGCCGCUGGAGGAGCCGGUGGCCCCGGUGCCGGAGGACAAGCCCAAGCGGAGGUACCGGCAGAAGCUGAAGAAAACGUUGGGAAGGCCAUCGCCAAAGGCUGCCACUACGUGGUCAUCGGCCUGCAGGGCUUCGCCGCCGCCUACUCCGCCCCGUUCGCCGUGUCCACCAGCGUGGCGUCUGUUGUCCGCUAGUGGGAGCCGCGAGGGCCCGGCGCCUGCAGAACCACGGGGGCCUCUGCCCUCGGAGCCCUGCAAAUCCAGAGCAUCGCGGACUUGAAGCCACAAAAUACCUGGAAGAAAAACAGUCUUUGCCUUUCGAAUUGGUGCUGUGAAGGGGUCCUCUCUGCCCGUCUGCUGAGCUUUCUCACGCCUCUCUGUCUCGGACUCGGGUGACUCCGCUGGACAGUCCCGCAGAGAAUUAGACUGAUGUUGGUUUGGGGUCGGAGUUCAGUUUGCUCACCCUGGAGCCUGGCAGGGCUGGCUGGUGUGGAGGCAAAGCCUCACUGAGUGGGAGCACCGUGGUGACGAUGGGGAGGAGGGCUCGUACCUGGAGUGAGAGAAUUUGCUACGUUCUCCUGGGCAGGUCGCAGGCCUCCAGGCGCUCACAGCCCUCGGCAGCCCAGUUUGCUCCUGACGUCAGGCCCCCCGUCUCCUCCUCCGCCCUUUGUCACCAGGAGUUUAAGUUCGGGCUUGAGAAGAAGGAAGUGACAUCUCUUUGAAGGCCAUGACACUUUGGAGCUGGGUUGACGAUGCGUCGUGACUGUGUAAAGUAGAUCAACGCUUGUCGUUGUCAGAGUGACAUGAAGGUGCAGGGGGGUGAGGGGAGGAGGAAGGGCAAGUUCAGGUGCAGGUGCGUGGUGGGAAAGGGUGGUGAGGGAGUGCUCCUGGGCGGCAUCAGCUCAGCGUCUCUGGGCCAAGCCAUCGGAGGGACCGUUGUCUUGGGAGCGAAGGAGAUGCUACAUCUGGGAAUGAAAGCGUAGGCUUUAGAGAAGGAACCGGUAAGUAGGAGACAGGCGUGGAAAGGAAGUAGAAACAGGACCAGAAGGAGGUUGGAGGAGAGAGAGGGAGAGUCAGGACCCAGAUCUGGGUUCUGGGCUUUGGGAAAUCUUCGCUGGACUGGGCCUUUGGCUCCAGGAAGGAGCCCGGGAAAGCUUGAUGGCUUCUGAGCUCACGUUGUCUGCCUUGGUGGCAUCCUUCCCUCUUCCAUGCUGCCCACUCUGACCACAUCUCACCUGGACUCAAAGGUUAGGGUGAGCGUGGUCCUGACACCCCCCAGCAUGACCCAGUGACUGAUUGGACCCCUGGAGAGGGAGGUGGAAGAAAGAGGAGGUCCCUCACCCCGUGCCCUCGGCCAGUUCCACCAUUGACCACUGUCCUGACUUUGUUUCCAGAAUCUCUGAAACUCCAAAGUAGUUAUUGCUGUAGGAUCAGUGGGCAACACCUACCUGUUGCCCCUAGAAGUUUCCAGGCCAUGCACAGGAGGCCCCAAUGCUCACAUUUCAAGCCCAACCAGGUAGCACUGUGGAGUGGAGAAGGUGGGAAGACAGACAGACGGACAGAAAAGGAAAGGGGUGGGGGAGAAAGUUGUAGCUGGGAAGCUAAGACUUGGAGGCUCAUGGUGAGUGGAACUUGGAUCCAAUUCCAGCAUCACUAGUGUCUUCACACAUUAAGACAUUACAGCAUGCCUGGCCCCACUGGGAGCUGGGGGGAGGGGGGGAGGUGGGGAAGGAGGGGAUGGACGGACGGAUGGACGGAUGGACGAUGAAUGGGAAAGAAAAAGCAAAGCAGUGUUUAGUGGGAGAGUUGAGCCUGCUGAUCCCAGGAAGGAACAUGAGA